AUGAGUUUGAAAAGGAAGCAAAUGUCUAUAGAUCUAAAAACUAAGCAACUAAUUUUAGUAGAAGUCGAAAAAGGUACACUGCCUAAAACCAAAAUCGCGGAGAAAUUUGGCAUUCCAAAAUCAACAUUAUCAACAAUUAUUAAAAAUAAAGAUAAGAUUGACGAAGCAGUUGCGCUUGGUUCAACCAACAGUACAAAGCGUCUACGAAAACCCAUGCUUGAAGACGUUGAAAAGGAACUUUCGAAGUGGUUCAAAAAAGCCAGAGACUCCAACAUUCCACUAUCAGGUGCACUUGUGAGGGAGAAAGCAAAGGAGAUUUGUACUUCCAAUGGCGUUGAGCAUAUGGCGUGUUCUGAUGGCUGGUUAUGUAUUUGA